GGAUGUUCUCCCGGAUGGGCCGACUGCACCGAACGUAGGCAGUAUGGCACGUCUUUCUCACACCACCACCUGAGAUGGCUAGACCACGAAGCAAGACUUACUACACAGACCACUCAGGAAGCCCAAACUCAGCCGCCCGCUACUCAUACGCACACUAGUCCAUAA